ACGUUCACUUGCGGCGGCGUGUGUAAACAAUGUAAUAACAUAAACAACACGAGUCCCAGAAAUAACCGUUUGCAGAGCUCGCUGCUUUCUGACGUUUAAACCGGUGGCGAUAAACCAAGCGUGUAAUUUCAUACAACACGCCACACAACCCAUGCGAAGCGUGAGCUGUUUAAAAGGUUAUUCGAGGAUGUUGUCAAACAGACUCUAAAACAUGAACUUGAGUAUCGUUAAAAUGAAAACGCACACUUAAAUUGCGAUUCCCAAUUAUAAGCAUCGUUUCAGAGGGUAUCAAAGUAAACGGCAUUUGUGCUUCUAAAUAGCGGCAUCUCUAGCGACAACUGAAUCUAGGCAACGCAAUGCUUAUUACAAAAGUGACUUAGCCACCCGAAGCUGGCUGAAGCAGAUUUAUUUGACCGGGACACAACUAGUGGUCUCUGGUAGGAUUCCCCCCAUCUGUUAUCCUCAGGCACCAGCCCGUGAUAGAAAGUAAGAGAUGGGCUGGGCCGCCUAGUGUCUGUUGUGGCGUGUAUGACAAUAGAGAAGAGCUGAAGGUGAUCGCGGGAGCGGCAGCAUCACUGUACUGCUCUUCACGGAGAACAGACACGGGCACCACGUCUGCUCAUAUCCGUCUGACAAAGCUACCAUAAGUUUAUCCACGACCACAGCCAGUUAUUUGACGCGAACUGGACGAACUGGUCUCACUCCUCCUCUCUCCAGCACGCGUGGGCUGCUCGCGCUGGGAAUUGGAGAGAGAGCGGCAAGAGAGAGAGCUCAUAUCCCAGCGUUCAACUCACAAUAUCGGAUUCAUUCGUGAACGGCGGAUGUAAUUUAUCGGAGGAAACCACCCGAAGGCUUUAUUCAAUCGCACAAGCGUCUCUUGUUCGGGGCUGGAUAGGCUAUCCGUCUUAUUUACGGCGCUAGACGCAUUUGACUCGGGAGAAAUCGAAUCGUUGUGGAGUCGCGGUCCGAACAGGUGCACGCGUUCAUAACUCCACCCGGACUGAUUUCUGAAGGUCUGAGUGACGAUUUGGAAUUUAUAACCACAUUUGCAUUUUUCUGCAAUAUCUGGACUUAACUGGCAGUGCAGAAAACAGAGCUAUGGAUAUCAAAUGGCUUUUUAUAGCCUUUGCGGUUUUGGUGAGCUCAUGCUCGGCCCAGCGGCAGGUCACAGUUCAGCCGGGGCCCUUGAUUCGAACGGAAGGCUCUCACAUCACCAUCUGGUGUAAUGUGACCGGCUACAAGGAAGGGGUGGAGCAAGACUUUGAAUGGUCCAUGUACCUUUACACCGCUCCCGAUCGAGAGAUCCGUAUUGUGAGCACGUCCCAGCACAACUACGCCUACGCCUUGUACGCCCAGCGCGUCAACAGCAAGGAGAUCUACAUUGAGAGGCUGGGCGGAGACUCUGUCUUGCUGCACAUCACCAAGCUCCAGGCAACCGAUCAGGGCAUGUAUGAGUGCUACACUCCCAACACCGACAGCCGCUACCUGGGCUCCUACAGCGCCCGUACCAACCUCACUGCCAGACUGCAGGAUCACUGGUGGUGCUGAGGGCAACAGCAGAGGAUCUGAAUGGCAGGGUCUGUGAGUGUGAGGAUGCCCAGGGGUCUGGCCGAGACACAAGAAACGAGGAGGGGCUGUAGAGGCACACAUCCAGGUUGGGCAGCAGAUGCAAC